UAUAUGUAGUUUAGGAUCCAGAGUGUGGUGAGAAGCACAGGAUUCACCCUAGAACAUUACUAAAGGGGCCAUUGGACGCCCUAGCCCAUCAGUGAUUCUCAUUUAUCUGUAGUAGAAAAAUUCUACCAAUGCUGUCUUUAGUAAGAAAUAGUUCACAGAAACGAGUCCACUGACAUGACAACAAGUACAUAAUUGUUUUUAUUAAUUUUACAAUAAUGUAACAGAGAUUAGUGAAUUUUUUUAGUCAAUGUCAUCGGAUAUAUUUCAAGGGAAAUAAAGAUGGGUCAAGGAACUGAAUGUGGUGAUCGUCCAACCGAAGUUAGUGUGAUUAGAUUUGUAUCACGAAAUCGGACCAUUGAAGAAAUUGCUCCUAAAAAGGAAAUUUACACGUGUAAACAAAAAGGAUGUGGAAAAAUAUUUACUAAUCACGAUGAAUUUAAAACACAUGAAGCUUUGGAAGAAUUGAAAAUACGGUUUAUUUGUCGAGAGCCAGGCUGCGGCAAAGAAUUAUCGGACCCAGGUUCUAUGUGGCGUCACUAUCAAGAAUGUCAUAAUAAUGAAACAAAUGUUUUUAUUUGUCCAUAUACAAGCUGUGGAUCAUUGCAUAAUACUAGUGAAAUUUUAGAAGAACAUAUUGAAAGUUGUCAUAGACAACCACCUACAUUUGCUACAGAACCUGAAAUAAUUUGUUUCGAAGGCCCUGGAAGUACUUGCCUUGAUGAAGAAGGAAAUCCACGUAAUGAAGAUGAUGCUGAUGAAGAGGAUGAAAAUCAGGACAAUGAUAAAAAAAUGAUACAAUUUCAUAAUUUAUCGAAUGAUCUGAAGAAAAAUGAUUUUCUUAUUAACAAAAACUUUUCAUCAACAUCUGAUACUUAUUCAUCAAGUAAAAACGAAAGACUGACUUCAGAAAAUAAUGAUGGCAAAAAUAUAGAGAAUGAAAUGACUGACGAAUUUUUUAAUAAUAAAUUUGAUUUAAAAAAUGAAGAAUCAAUAUGUACAAGUGGAGAAUAUAAAGUUGAAAAAAAUGAAAAAGUACAAGAACAUAGAAUUGAUUUGGGGAAUCUUGAAAAAGUAUUCAGGAGUGGAUUCGAAGGAGAAUCCAUGAAAAUUGAAUCAAAUAAUGUAGAAAUAAGUGCAAUUGCCAGUGAUGAUGAAGAAUAUACUCCGAAAAAACAAAGAAUGUCAAGAUGUAACAAACAAGAACCGUAUAAAUGUGAAAUUAACGGUUGUGGAAAAAUGUAUAAGUACAUAUCUCACUAUAGACAUCACCAAGAUAGUCACAAAAUACAGAUUCAAGAGAAUAAAGAAACUAAAUCCACAAAAGUAAAUAAAGCUAAACAAAAUAAAGCAUCAACUGUCAGUUUUUUUUUAUGUAAAAUACCUGGUUGUGGAGCACAAGUUGAUAAUGUUACCAGUCUAUGGAAACACUACCAAGAUAAUCAUGCUAAUUCAAAAGCUAUAAUGCAAUCACCAAAAAAUAAUCAACUAUUUCGAUGUAAAAUCACUAAUUGUGACAUGGAGUUUCGCACAAGUGUUCAACUCUAUAAACAUUUUAAUGAUGCUCAUACAAAUACAAAGAAUUCUAGCAUAACUUGUUCGCUAUUAGAAAGCACAAAUGGUAAGACUGAAGAUGACAGUAACAUUCAAUUCGUCGAUGAGAUAUUGCAGAAUAAUAUGACAACCCGAGGAACACUAAAGACUGAUAUUAAAGCCAAUUGUAAUAUUAAUAUCGAUAAUUACAAUGAAAGCAACGAGAACCGGUCAUUGCUAUCAAUGACAAUCGUUAAAGAAGAGUCUCACGAUUGACUUUUUAUCAAUAAUUUCAUCAGCUUAACUAAUUAAUAGUAUAAUAUAUGAAAAUAUAAAGGUGUUCGAUUUUUCAAGUUGUACGCGACAUUUAUUCAAUAAUAACUGCCAGUUAAAUUGAUUAAUAAUUAAUAAUUUUAUAAUUAACAAUCAUUCAUCAAUAACUAUUAUAUACGAUUAUAAUGUAGUUACUUUUAAAAAAUAUUUCUAGAUAUUUCGAGGAAAAAAUUAUUCAAAUAUCAAUGAUCUCUUCAUAGAAAUACAAAAAACGAUAAACUAAAAAAUACUUCCAUAAAUGGCCUAAGGCCAUUUUCUAAUGCUCCAGUUAACUCUUGUUAUACUAUUAAAAAUAGUAAAAGAGAACAAAUCAUCAUGCAAUAAUUUUUUUUUUACAUAAUUGUGUGCGUGUUAGUAGUAUUUGUUCCAAAUUAUCACUAAUUUAAUUGAUGAUCUAAAUAUUGAUUUUUAUUUAACGUAAGCUGAAAAUAACGUUGAAAAGUAUUAGAAAAAAAUGAAAGCAAAAGACUUGAUAAUAUAAUCAU